ACAAAUGGCAAGUGAGGGCAGAAUGCAUUUUAUACAUGGAUGUGCCACAGCUUAAACUGGGCUAAGAUCUGGGAUAGCUGCAAACCUAAGAGCAAUGUUAGAAUUACUAACAGACUAAGAAAGUCAUGAAGAUAAGGGAAGGAGAGAGAGUUAAAAAAGGAAGGAUGGAAAAAGAAAAACAAACUAAGAGAUCUUAGAAAGGAAACUUAUCAGCUGAGAAUCUGACAUGGGGAAGCAUCUGAAAGACCCACAUUUUACGUGGCAAAACUAAGGACAGGACCAGUGAUCACGCUGUGAUUAAAUGGCAUCGGAAAUCACUUAUGCUGAGGUGACAUUUCACAACACAUCAGCAGCUGCAGUGGUCAAAGUACCUCCUGAGGCAAAGAAGCAACAACACCAUCCCCAGAAAUACCCCCAAUGGCUCCCGUGGCUGAUCUCACUGCUGCUCCUCCUGCUGUGCAUUGCCCUUGUUAUUGUUCUUGUUGUUCCCUUCUCCCAUAGCGGCGAUCAGCCCCCAGCCUUGAAGCAGAAAUUCAAGGAGUGGUCGUGUGAUUCGGCAGUGCCAGAAGGCAAAGAGGAAAGCUGGGAAUGCUGCCCGAAGGGCUGGAAACGCUUCCAAGGAAGCUGCUACUAUCUCUCAGGUGAUGCCAUGUCCUGGGCCGAUAGCGAGCAGAACUGCACUGGGAUGGGCUCUCACCUGGUGGUGAUCAACAGCAAAGCAGAGCAGGAUUUCCUCUCUAAGGAGGUUAGAAAACUUUUAAGAGGAGAGAAUCACUACAUUGGUCUGAGUGCACAGAUGGGCCAGUGGCACUGGGUGGACCAGACUCCGUUUAAUGUGACAGCAGCGUUCUGGCGGGAAGGUGAACCAAGCAAUCCAGAGUAUGAGAAGUGCGUUGUAAUCCAUCGGACUUCAGCAGCACGCAACAACUGGAACGAUGUCCAGUGUAAAAGUCAUAAUAGAAUUUGUGAAGCUGCAGCAAUAAUUGUGUGAUGGAGAUACCCUGAUCCUGAGUAAAACUGGGAGAUGAGCUAUGAGCUGGUAACAGCUGUGCUGGGAGGGGUGGGGAACUCUGGAGCCUUCAUCUUCACUGUGUUAGGUGGAAUGAUGUGAGUGGAAGUGAUAUUACCCUGUGUCCAGCAUCCCCAGUGUAUACAAUGGCUCAGGGUAUACAUGAAGGCUCAGGGUCAUCAGGGCAGCUCCUGGGCUCUUAUGUCCUCUUCUCUCUGGGUGGGUCCAGCAGCCACUGGCUGAAAAGAGACCGAGUUCUCCAGGAAGAAGACACAGGAAUGUAAGACAGAUGUUCAGAGCUGCAAUUUCUUUUGUCUCCUUGGGCAGAGGUGCCUGCUUUUUGUUGAGUUACACAGAGAAUGACCUCCAGUUGCACUGGUUUUGCUGAAAAAUUACUGAAUUCUUAUGCAAGAGAAAAUACAGUA